AUGGACCCGCUGGGCUCGGCCUGCUCCGUGCCCGACUCGCCGCGCCUGCUGGUGGAGGACUCGCAGCCGGAGACGGAGACGGAGCGGGGCGGAAGGGCGCUGAGCCCGGUCCUGGAGCCGCCGCCGCCGCCGCCGCGCUUGCCGGCCUGCCCGGAGGCCGGGGAAGGAAAGCAGGAAAGUCCACCAUUGGAGACGGCAGGCACCCUUCAGGACUCUGUUCCAGCUCCUCAAGACGCCGUCCUGCUGCCCUCCAUCCCUCUGCCAUCCCAGCCCGAAUUCUCUCACGACACCUUUCUCCCAACUCCAAGCCUGGAGGGCGGCUGUAAGAGGGGAGCAGAGAAAGGAGGAUGUUCUGAUGACUCUGACGUGCCGGAGGCUGCAACAUCAGCCUCUUUUGCAGAACCCGAAGAGAACAGCUGUAUUUUGGCCCUCUCUGUCAGUCAGGAUAGCCAGGUGGCCACGAUGGAGAAGAAGGAGGCCACUGGCGCUGCUGCUGCUGCUGCUGGUGCUUUGGAGGAGAAGCUCUGCUCGCCUGAUGGCUGUAGUGAACAGGAGGCCGAUGAGAGUCGGCCCUUAUUCGUACUGUCGGCAGAAAGCCCUUCCCUUGACAAACCUGGUGAUGACCUCGGCCACCAAGGCAGUGUGCCAACCAAGGAAUCUUUGUUCCUGGAGUGUGACGCUGUCCCGGAGACGCCCUGUGAAAAGGCAGAAGAAGCCGCCUUGCUGGAUGAAGGACUUUCUCUCCGUUUGACAAUUUCUCAGGCAGUAGAACAAGCGGAAUGUUCUGCUGUUGGGGAAGCCGUUCCCCAAAACGAUCCACAUGUAACUGGCGAGCCGGCGCUCGUAGGGUCAGGAAAGCUAGAGCAAGGUCCUUGGGACAAUCCCAACGAGCCUGCGCUGGAAGUGCAGAGCAAGAGUCGAAGGAUUAAUCCUGGAAUGAUGCUGAAACAGUCCGAUUCUGAGCCCCCACCGGAGCAGGGGAGUAGCCAGCUCCAGAGAAGAACUGGUAGUUUUCCUGGGGAGAUUCUGCACGCCCGUGUCCCACCAGAGCCGCCCUUUCGUAUCUUGUUGGCAAAAGAGAGAGACGCCCUCACCCCGCCUCUGGUGGGCCAGCACAAGGAAGGCCCCAGGCACAGCACUCCCAUUGUGGCGGGAAGUGACCCCGAGCACCCUGCGGUUGGCACAGAGGGCAGAGAUGGCGUCUUGGCGGGGGCUGGGUCAGCUGGCUCUGCAGCCCUUGGGGAGAGCUCCGAAGGGAGUGCUGUGGUGGCCUGCGAAGAGGAAGAGGAAGGGGGGCUCUCCCUGCGUAGGAACCUGGUGACCCCCGUGAUGGAAGAGAGCGAGGAGCCUCUGCCUUUCAGCCUGGAGAAGCCUGAAGCGAGGGAAAGGACGAAUGGGCUGGCCACAGCGAGCGACCCCAGGGGUGACUUGUUCAAUUUCCCACGUUCCCAAGAAGAAGAAGAAGAAGAGCCGUCACAAGCCUGGCAGGAGCAGCAGAAACGUGUCUCCUUGGGUGGCAGACAAGUCCCGUCUUCUGAGCCGAUGGCCGAAGAGAAGGCGGUAGGCUGCGCCGAGGUGGGAGAGGCCAUGGAGGUUGACGUUGCCCCACUUCAGCCUGGGGAGAAUCAGAGAGCCACAAAGAAGUCGGGCCCAGUGGGGCCCCCAGGAGAAAAGACCGUUCCAGAGUCUGGAUCCAGCAACGUCAGAAGCACCCAGGCGCCAGACCCAGCGGGCCCCACGUCAGCAGCCACGCAGACGGCCUCUGCCGCUACAGUGGAAGUGGGCACCAGUAUCCGGACGGGUCGCGAGGUCGUCACGUCGCGGUCGCACAAGGAGGAAGAAUUCGAACUGCCGCACCCACCAGCAGGUAGAGUCCUACAGCGCCACGUGAGAACAAUUCGGGAAGUGCGCACCCUCAUAACACGCAUCAUCACGGAUGUUUACUACAAAGAUGGCACCGAAGUGGACCGACAGGUGACUGAGGAGCGAGAGGAGCCCCACGUGGAUUGCUACGAGUGUGAGGUGGACGUCUCUCCUUCCCGCACUGGGGCCUUUUCUCUAACCUCUGGAGACCUUGGGGACAUCAGCUCCUUUUCCUCCAAGGCGUCCGGACCUCAACACACUUCCAGUGGAGGAAGCAGUGCUCUGUCUGCCACUCACAGCCGCGCAAACUCUGCAGGCCGAAGAGGGGUCUCUCAAGACUUGGCCUUGCCCCACGCGGUCAGGAAGCCGAGCCCUAAGAAGGGGACCAGCUUCUGCCCAGCCCAUCGUGAGCAUGGCAAAGUUGCAGCGGAGGAUGAGGUGGAAGACCCAGGCCCCAGCAACCAGCAGUGUGGAGGUGCACCUCUCACUCCCCGUGGGCGAGGGCGAAGGGGCCGCCCCACUUCCCGAUCGACCGGAGCCAGGUAGAGUCAUCUUUCAACCUCCACCUCUUUGGACGGGCAGCCCAGCCUGAGUCCACUUCUGGAGGGACAGGAGCAAGCUGACCCCCCUCCGUGCCGCAGUGGCUCCCCCGAAAUCCCUUUGCAGGAGCAGCCAAGCGUCUCUGAUAAUCCCAGGCUCCCUUCCCCUGGGAGCUGCCUCGUGGGCCUCCGGGUGGUAGCCAAGUGGUCCUCCAAUGGCUACUUCUACUCAGGGACUAUCACGCAGGAUGUGGGCGGGGCCAAGUACAGGCUGCUCUUUGACGAUGGCUAUGAAUGUGACGUUCUGGCCCGAGAUGUCCUUCUGUGCGACCCCCUCCCUCUGGAAACGGAGGUGACCGCGCUCUCCGAGGAUGAAUACUUCAGUGCAGGUGUGGUCAAGGGCCACCGGAAGGAGGCGGGGGAGCUGUUCUAUUGCAUCGAGAAGGAUGGACAGCGGAAGUGGUACCGGCGGACGGCUGUUAUCCUGUCUUUGGAGCAAGGGAACAGACUCCGGGAGCAGUUUGGGCUCGGCCCCUGCCAGCCUGCCACUCCUCUGACCAGGGCGGCCGAUAUCAGCCUAGAUAACCUGGUGGAGGGAAAGCGGAAGAGACGCAGCAUCGGCUCACCCGGCCCCUCCAGUGGCAGCACAACUCCCGUCCGCAAGAGCCCAGAGUCACUUUCCAGUAAAAGGAAACUGGCUGCUGUCUCAGAGGAGGAGCAGUCCCCAGCCAAGCGAGGGCGGCGACUGGUACUGUCUAAAGCAGGAACUGCGAAUGCCAGGGAGGUGGCAAGCCCAUCAGGAAGUGGAAAGUCUUCAGGUGAACCCUUGGCACUUGAUCACCGAUGGGGUCCUUUGCCCCAGAACAAAACUCUGUUUUUGGGCUAUGCCUUUCUUCUCUCCAUGGCGAAUGCAACAGAUAAGCUUUCUAGCCGCCAGAAGACUACAGUGAGCAGUGAAGAAGAAGAAGAAUUUGUGGAGAGAGUACCUUACGACAAACCCUACACUGAGCUACAACUCCAAGCAGGAGGCGGUUUCAUCCUAGAGGACUUCAACGAAAGCCAGUGCAGCGCAGCCUAUGACUGCCUCCUCAUAGCAGACCAGCACUGCCGCACCCGGAAGUAUUUCCUGUGCCUUGCCCGGGGAAUACCGUGUGUGUCUCACAUGUGGGUCCAUGACAGUUGCCUCGCCAACCAGACUCAGAACUACAAGAACUACUUGUUGCCGGCUGGCUACAGCCUGGAGGAAGAGCGGUUGCUGGAGUGGCACCCGCGCAGAAAUCCCUUCCAGAGGCUGAAGGUGCUCCUGGUGUCCGACGAGUCCCAAAACUUCCUGGAGCUCUGGUCGGAGAUUCUGAUGAUGGGAGGAGCCGCUUCGGUUAAGCAGCAGGAAUCCUCAACCUGGAAGAACGAUUUGAGUUUGGGGGUGUUUGAUGUGGUGGUGACAGACGCUUCCUACCCAGCUGCCAUGGUGCCCUGUGCCAAAGCAUUACAGCUGCCAGUAGUAACCCAGGAGUGGGUGAUCCAGAGCCUCAUUGCUGGGGAGAGAGCUGGUUUUAAAUAUCCUCAAUAUCAACAUGAUUAUGUCCCCUGUUAAAGCUCCCUUUUUGUUUUGUGGUGGUGAUCAUUCUCUAGAUUUUAAAUUUUUUUGUGUUGUUGCAUGGCGUGCUUGUAUAUAGUUUUAAUGUGAACUUUUAUGAUGAAAUAAAUGUGAUUUCUUAUCUUGGC